UCAACAAAAUUGUGACAAUAAUUUAAUUUGUAAUUAUAAUCAAUUUCAGAAUCACAAUAUAUGUAAAUAUAUACAUGUAAAUGUAUAAUCUGCCAGGAAAGAUCAAAAAAUUCAAGCUAGUUGUGCCAGUUGGUGCACGACGGCAAAGUCCAGAAGCUUUAACGGGAAGUAAUUUAAAAUCGAACAACGAAACUCAUUGGACUGUCCUGCUCGAUUUCUACAUAUCCAGAUCGCACAUACACGGAUUGUAUUUACUCUUUUUACCGACAAUGCGGCGACGUAUGCGGAUUCUGUGGUUCAUAGCUUUGAUAUGCGCGUGCAGUGUUCUCCUAUACGUUAGCUAUUUGUUGGGGGAGCGAUACGAAAAUAAACAUUUCAAGACAAUUGUCGCCCAUUCGCAUGCCUCCAUUCAUCGUAUCUCCUUUCCAGUGGUCAUCAUCUGUAACAAGAACCGACUAAACUGGUCUCGGCUACCUGAAAUUAGAAGGAAAUAUAAAAUUACAGCGGACCACGAUCGACUUUUUGAUCGUAUUCUUACCGCCUACGAUGGGUUAAGUUUUCAGAAAUUCAACGUAUUCGAUUCCUUGCAAGGUGAGCCCUUGGAAGAUCUCAAUCACCUGAAUUUCACGCAAAUUGUUACUGAGAUGUCCUGGAGAUGUGAUGAAAUCCUAGGUGAUUGUGUCUGGCAGACAGUGCCUCGGAAUUGCUGCAAGCUUUUUCGACACCGACGCCUGCCCCUUGGGUAUUGUCUGGGUUUCAAUGAGCUAGAGCAGCGUCGUGGCACAGAGACUGGCAUUAACACGGGGCUGCUUCUUAGACUACUACUUCAAGAAGCACAUCAUGCUCCGGGUAAUCCAGCAUCAAAAGGCUUCUUGCUGACUGUAGUGGAAUCCUCGGUGUGGUUCGGGUUCCCAAUCGAGGUGGUGCCUCAUUCCCGCACUAACGUGGCUGUCACAGCGGUAUAUCACUACUUCGACGAGAGCACAUUGAGCAUGCCGUCGCGGUGACGGCGGUGUGUUAUGGACUAUGAACAGGACAGCGAGCACUUUCAGACCCUGGAAGGCCAGAAGUACAUGUUGGAGAACUGUCAGGCCCAGUGCCAGCAGCGGUACCUGCUACGAUACUGCAACUGCUCCCUGGACUUGUUUUAUCCGCCAUCUGACUACGCCGCCUGUCGGCUAAAGGACCUGCCCUGUCUGGCAUCCCACAACCGUCUGUUGCAGAACUUCGAGCAGCCUGGAGAGCAUCCUUACGUGCACAGGGAGGAGUCCGGCCUAGUCUGCGAGUGCCUACACAAUUGCAAGUCCCUGACCCUGAUGACUGAUAUGCGCAAGAGCGUCCAACAGCCCUGGUUGCAACCCAACUCAAACAUAAGCGAAAGCAUGCUGCUCAACGUGUACUUCAAGAAACCUUCCAUGCUGGUGUACAAGACAAACUUAAUUUACACCUGGGUGGACUUGAUUGUGUCUUUUGGAGGCAUUUGUCAACUUUGUUUGGGUUGUUCUAUAAUUAGCCUCAUCGAGUUUUUGUUCUUUGCGCUAUUUAAAGUACCACAACUAUAUUGGAAGUGUUUAAUAAUACAAAAUAAAUAA